GCAGAGAAAGUUCCCCUCUUCUGACUUUUAAUUCUUCUGAAGUUUGACGGAGAGAGUUUUUCAAGCGAGACAGACAGUUUGGACAUGAAAGACCUACACUUCUAGAAAGUUCUCUUGAAAGUUUUUCCCUCAAAGCUGCGGCAUCAUGAAGCCACUGCUGCACUCAUCCAGCGCCUUUCUUUGGAGUCUCUUUUUCUUCUGCGCUCUCCUCAAGGUCUCUAGAGCAGAAUGUAGAGAUUGUGACAGCAAUGUCAUGAAAAAUGUAACGACAACAACAACCACAGUCACGAUCGGAUCCAAUCCAAACUGCAAUCUCUCAAUCGAGGGACAUAUACGUGAAAACGGUUCUAUAACUGGUUUGAUUCCUGGAGCAAAGUAUCAAAUCUUAUUUCAAUGUUUUAACUGCUGCAAAGAGGCCACCACAAAACCUGAAAAAAUCAGGAACCUCAAUGCCACUGCAAUCACAACAUCCUCUAUAUCGGUGAUUUGGUUUAAACCAGAGGGAAACAGCUCUUGCUAUAGAGUACAGUGGAUUAAUGGAGGGGAACCUGAAAAUGACACUGUGACUGAAACACAAAUAACCAUUUCUAACCUGACUGCUGGUGUCCAGUAUGAUAUAAAUGUUUCUGCAGUGGCAAAUGAUGGCCUUACUGAAGGACAGAGUACCACUGUUUCUCAAUACACAAAACCUGGGGAAAUUCGUGAACUUACUGUAUUCAAAACUACCUCCUCCAUUUCUCUGAACUGGAACCCACCUCCUGGUGAGGUGCUCCUGUACAGGGUGAAGUGGGAUAAUGGGGGAGUAGAGAUGAUCAGAGACACCAAAAACACCUCUGAUGAGCUAUCAGACCUGAUCCCUGGCACUAGCUACAGCAUCUCAAUCAUUGCUUUUGCUGGAGACAAUCAGACACACGGCGAUCCUUACCAACUCACCGUAGUCACAAAGCCUGAAGUAGUCAGGAACCUCAAUGCCACUGCAAUCACAACAUCCUCUAUAUUUGUGAUGUGGAUUAAACCAGAGGGAAACAGCUCUUGCUAUAGAGUACAGUGGAUUAAUGGAGGGGAACCUGAAAAUGACACUGUGACUGAAACACAAAUAACCAUUUCUAACCUGACUGCUGGUGUCCAGUAUGAUAUAAAUGUUUCUGCAGUGGCAAAUGAUGGCCUUACUGAAGGACAGAGUACCACUGUUUCUCAAUACACAAAACCUGGGGAAAUUCGUGAACUUACUGUAUUCAAAACUACCUCCUCCAUUUCUCUGAACUGGAACCCACCUCCUGGUGAGGUGCUCCUGUACAGGGUGAAGUGGGAUAAUGGGGGAGUAGAGAUGAUCAGAGACACCAAAAACACCUCUGAUGAGCUAUCAGACCUGAUCCCUGGCACUAGCUACAACAUCUCAAUCAUUGCUUUUGCUGGAGACAAUCAGACACAUGGCGAUCCUUACCAACUCACCGUAGUCACAAAGCCUGAAGUAGUCAGGAACCUCAAUGCCACUGCAAUCACAACAUCCUCUAUAUUUGUGAUGUGGAUUAAACCAGAGGGAAACAGCUCUUGCUAUAGAGUACAGUGGAUUAAUGGAGGGGAACCUGAAAAUGACACUGUGACUGAAACACAAAUAACCAUUUCUAACCUGACUGCUGGUGUCCAGUAUGAUAUAAAUGUUACUGCAGUGGCAAAUGAUGACCUUACUGAAGGACAGAGUACCACUGUUUCUCAAUACACAAAACCUGGGGAAAUUCGUGAACUUACUGUAUUCAAAACUACCUCCUCCAUUUCUCUGAACUGGAACCCACCUCCUGGUGAGGUACUCCUGUACAGGUUGAAGUGGGAUAAUGGGGGAGUAGAGAUGAUCAGAGACACCAAAAACACCUCUGAUGAGCUAUCAGACCUGAUCCCUGGCACUAGCUACAACAUCUCAAUCAUUGCUUUUGCUGGAGACAAUCAGACACAUGGCGAUCCUUACCAACUCACCGUAGUCACAAAGCCUGAAGUAGUCAGGAACCUCAAUGCCACUGCAAUCACAACAUCCUCUAUAUUUGUGAUGUGGAUUAAACCAGAGGGAAACAGCUCUUGCUAUAGAGUACAGUGGAUUAAUGGAGGGGAACCUGAAAAUGACACUGUGACUGAAACACAAAUAACCAUUUCUAACCUGACUGCUGGUGUCCAGUAUGAUAUAAAUGUUACUGCAGUGGCAAAUGAUGACCUUACUGAAGGACAGAGUACCACUGUUUCUCAAUACACAAAACCUGGGGAAAUUCGUGAACUUACUGUAUCCAAAACUACCUCCUCCAUUUCUCUGAACUGGAACCCACCUCCUGGUGAGGUGCUCCUGUACAGGUUGAAGUGGGAUAAUGGAGGAGUAGAGAUGAUCAGAGACACCAAAAACACCUCUGAUGAGCUAUCAGACCUGAUCCCUGGCACUAGCUACAGCAUCUCAAUCAUUGCUUUUGCUGGAGACAAUCAGACACACGGCGAUCCCUACCAACUCAGCAUAGUCACAGAACCGGCUGUUGUCAGAAACCUCUCCAUCAUUGCAGUCACACAUUCUUCUGUGUCUCUGGCGUGGAUACAACCCGAGGGCAGUGCUAGCUCAUACUUAGUUCAGUGGACUGCUAUAAAUUACACCGUAAACAAUAACACCACUAUUGAAACCAACUUUACUAUCAACAAUUUAACGUCUGGAGUCCAAUACAACAUUACAGUGUUUGCUGUUGCUGAACAAACCUCAAACAAAGGAGUCGGAACCUUAAGAAGUGCCUUCACAAGACCUGAAAAGCCUGAGAACAUCAGGAUUAACGCACGAGGGACCAUGUACCUGACCCUCACCUGGAUGUUACAUCUCGGGAGGGCCGAUCACUAUGUGGUGAAAAUCUCAAAUGAAAGAUAUUCAAAUAGGACCACAACAGCGGUCACUACAGCAACGUUCACAUAUCUAUUCCCUGGGAGACUGUAUAAUAUCACAGUGACCGCUGUAGCUGGAAACCUCAGUGAGAUAUCUGAGCAGUUUUCAUUUGCCACUGAACCAAUACCUCCUGGAUCCAUCAUCAUCAGUCAGAGGACAAACUCCUCGCUCCUUUUGGAGUGGGAUACUCCUCUUUUGAUGUCUGGGGCUCCAAGCAUCAGCUAUAACAUAUCCUACCAGCGUGAUGCCCAAGAAGCACAGAAUCAAAACUCCUUAGUCAACCACACCGAGCUCUCCUUUCUUCUCUCUGGAACAUUCUACAAUAUAAGUGUACAAACAGUUGGACCCCAGAGUUUGGAGAGCACAGCUGUCCACAAUUCUGCUUUCACCUUGCCUAACCCUGUGUUGAACCUUGAAGCGAGGCCGAAAUCCACCACCUCAGUAAAAGUGUCAUGGUCACAACCGCAGGGAGUCUUGCCAUAUUAUGAAUACUUGGUUCAAACCUACAACACUACAGGAGAACUGUUGUGCGAAACAACAGUCAGCAAUUACAGCACAGAUGUAAGAUGCCUGGAGCCAGGGUAUAGAUACAAUAUCAAUGUCACGACUAUAGCUGCAGCAGGAAGUGAAUCCACGGUGGAACAGACAUUCAGUUACACCAUGCCGAAAGCAGUGACAAAUCUCACAGUAGAGGAUGUGAACACAACGGCCAUCCGGCUGACAUGGCUCAGACAAGGCGAUCACAAGCCUUCCUACUCCUACAGGGUGGAAGCGCUGCAGAACAACAUGACAGUGGUGCAGUAUAAUUUGACCAAGACUGAGUCGUUCACAUUCAACAAUCUGAAGCCUGGAAAAUACUACACUUUUGCUGUCUUUACAGUGGUAGAAGAGGUCAUCUCCAAAGUGGAAAGAAUAUCAAGUUUUACAAGACCUGAAACAGUUUCUGGCAUCAUAGCUUUAGGAAGCACAACAAACAUGUCAGUGAGCUGGACACCAGCAGUUGGACAGGUGGACUCCUACACCGUCCAGCUACAAAGAGAUGGGCAGCUGGAGGGAAACAGAACAGAUCUGAGGAACGAUACUAAGGAAGUAGAGUUUAAGAAUUUGACUCCAGGAAUGCUUUACUGUGUGACUGUAAUCUCCAGAAGUGGACCUUUUCGAAACAACUUGACUGCUUGCAAUGCAACUUUUCCCAACCCUCCAGGCCCCAUCAUGGUGGUCUCUCAAACUGUGGAGUCCAUCAACUUCACCUGGGCCUCUCCAGAGAACAUGAACCAUAGUCUUUACACCUUCAGUGUCUCCGACUUUAAUGGCUCCUAUCCCGUUACAAUCAACUGGUUUCUGCUGAAGCACCUCCAGUCUGGAAGCCCCUACAAUAUUUUUGUUGUUACUGUGGGUGUGUCAAACUACAAGAGCACUCCAGUGACAACGGAAAACUAUACCAGACCAUAUCAUGUCACCAUGCUGAGAGAGACAGAAAUCACCACAAACUCAGUGACCCUGGAGUGGGAACAGCUAGAAAACAAAAACUACUCAUAUGUGGUUCAGACCACCGCCAAUGGCUCCUUUAUUCCAACUAAAACAGUCAACAAUCAAAGCAUAAGAAUCACUGGCCUUCAAUCUGGGAGCAACUACAGCUUCACUGUCAGCACACAGACAGCAGAUGGCACUCAGGCAGCUCCUGUGGCAGUGUUCUACUUUACACGUCCCUACAGAAUUGAGCAAUUGGAAGCUGAAACCUUAAACUCAAGUGCUGUACGUCUACAUUGGAAUAGACCACAAGAUUAUAAACAGGAAUACAGGUAUCGGGUCAAGUAUGUAGCAUCUGGUUAUGAAUCCCAAAACAAAUCGUUCAAACAAGAUGUCGCAGAGCUCUCCGGGCUCAUUCCUGGGACCAACUACACCUUCUAUGUUUUUGUCAUGGCAGCAAAUGGCAUAGAAGGGGAAGCCAGCUCCACCUCUCAGUACACCAAACCUGAUGCAGUGCAACCCAGUAUCUCCAACCAGGGAUCCAAUAGUUCAGUCCUGGUGUCAUGGACCAAACCGGCUGGGAAAGUGGAGAGUUAUACAGUUUUCUUAAAAAGCAAUUUCACAACUGUAGAGAAGAAAGGGAUAAACUCCAGCCACACCUCUUUACUCUUUGACCUUUUGUCUGCUGGAAUGCAAUAUAGUGCCAAGGUAACCACAUUUAGUGGACCCUUAAAUGCAUCAUCUGGAUUCAUUACUAAUGCAACUUACCCUAAUCCUCCUGGGCUGAUUUCCAUUCUGAACAAGACAACUAGCUCCAUUGACAUCAGUUGGGAGGAAGCCCCUCUGAUGACCAACGCUUCUUUCCAGUACAAGUUGAUUAAUGUAUCACCCCAGGCAAGAGAAAGUUACAAUACCAGCAAAACUCAUCAUACCUUUGACUCCCUGCCCUCUGGGACUUCCUACAACAUCUCGGUAGCCACAGUGGGUAAGAUGGGUUUUGAGAGUGAAUCGGUUCGGAUCAACUUGGUCACUACAAGACCGUUUAGAGUGAAGUCAAUUAGGACUUUUAUAACAGAGGAGAGCAUCAAAGUGAUGUGGACCGUACCUGAUGAAGACAAGACAAGCUAUCGUUACAAUGUGACUCUUUGGCAGUCAGAUAAGCCCAUUCAACAUAUAAAAGUUAAAAACAAUUCUUAUUUUGACGAGCUGGUUCCUGGCGAAAAAUAUGAUAUUAGUGUCACCACAGAGACUUCUGAUGGAACAAAGGGCGCUCCAGAAUGGAUUUCAAAGUGCACAAAUGCAAGCCCGGUGGAAGAAUUGGUGUGUAAAGGUCCAAACACAAAAAAUGCAAAACUCAUCCUGAACUGGAAACAACCCAAAGGCAACUACUCUGGCUUCAAUGUCACUUAUAAUGAUAAUUCCUUCUUGGCCACAAACCAUUGUGAACAUACUGUGCCCAACCUUCCUCACUAUACUGAAUACUAUCUAACAAUUAAGACUCAGAGCUGUGGACUUCCCAGCACUCCUGUGAAUAUCAGUUGCAGAACAGGCAUCACAAAUCCACCUAUUCCAGAUGACAAUGAGUCACUGGUGAAUGUGGGUUCCAAGGUACACAACAGGUUCACCAUUCAGAUUAAAUCCAGCCUGCUUGAGAACACCAAUGGGCCAAUCACAAAUGUUGGGGUGCUGGUGACAAAUGACCUCAAAAGUACUCUACCAGGUGUCAUAACUGAUUGGAAACAGUUCUUGGGAAAAACAUAUAAGCAGUGGAUUAAAAAGGAUACUGCUGUGUACCUGGCAACAGUCACAGAAAAACCCUUCCAAACACGCAGUGGACAAAGCCAUUUGACCAUAGCAGUGGGAGAUGAAACCAGUUGGAAAGGCUACACUAAUGGUCCUUUGGAAGCCAAUGGAAAAUACCAAUAUGCCAUUGUGUUGUUCACCAAACUGGACGUGGAAAACCACCUUGUGCAAUACAAAGAAUCACUGGUGUCAAUAACACAGUUCUAUCCUGUUGUUGAACUUCCACAGGACCCAGCAAUCAUUGGCAUUGCUGUCGGAGCAGCAUUGGGAAUUUUUUGCGUUCUCUUCAUCAUCCUAAUUGGCUUCAUAGUCUAUUGGAAAAGGGUUUCCAACAAAGAAUCAUCAGACAUCCAGAUUUAUUCCAUGAGAAGUGUGGCUGUAAGGGUGGAGGACUACGAGGACUACUACAAGAAGCAGAAGGCAGACUCCAACUGUGGCUUUGCUGAAGAAUUUGAGGACCUAAAGAUGGUUGGUACAGCUCAGCAGAAAUCUAAUGCUGAGAGAUUAGAGAACAAGCCCAAGAACCGCUAUGCUAAUGUGCUUCCCUAUGACUCCUCUAGAGUGAAACUCUCUAUCAUCCAUGGGAGUCCAUAUGAUGACUACAUCAAUGCUAACUACAUGCCGGGUUACAACUCCAGGAAGGAGUUUAUCGCAGCUCAGGGUCCUUUGCCCGGCACAGUCAACGAUUUCUGGAGGAUGAUCUGGGAGAAGAACGUGCGGACUCUGGUCAUGCUGACACGCUGCAAUGAACAGGGUCGAGUCAAAUGCGAGCAAUACUGGGCUCUUGGCACCAAGCACUUUGAAAACAUCACUGUUACAACAACUUCUGAAAUAGCACUUGAAGACUGGACCAUCAGGGACUUUGACAUUAAAAAUGUGAAAACCGCAGAGACCCGUUCAGUGCGUCACUUCCACUUCACAGCCUGGCCAGAUCACGGCGUACCGCAAACCACUGAGCUCCUCAUCAGCUUCAGACACUUGGUCAGAGAACACAUGGACCAAUUCUCCAGGCACUCCCCCACCGUGGUCCACUGCAGUGCUGGUGUCGGAAGAACUGGCACCUUAAUAGCCAUCGACCGUUUGAUGUUCCAGAUAGAAAGGGAAAAUAUUGUGGACGUUUUCGGCAUUGUCUAUGAUCUCCGCAUGCACCGACCCCUUAUGGUGCAGACAGAAGACCAGUAUGUGUUCUUAAACCAGUGUGCCAUGGACAUCAUCAGAUCAAGAACCGGAACCAAUGUUGAUCUAAUCUACCAAAACGCUGCUGCACUCUCCAUUUAUGAGAAUGUAGAACCAAAAAAAGGUUUCUCCAAAAGCGGGUAUCAAAAUGCAUAAACCCAAGAAACCACUCAGGACCUUUUAGUCUCCCAAGCUUUAAAAAAAUCAGCAGGUAUUUGCAAAGGUAACAUUCUUAACAAAUUGUUGUGUAUUUCUUUUUUUUAUUCGUGCCAGGCUUUUGAUAAGAAUUUUUUAAUGUUUUUUUUAGAAUUUAACCCUCCAUUUUGUGGUAUUUAUUUGUUGAAAAUGUUGAAUGUUUGAAAAUAGAGGGAGCUGUAUAUGGAGAUACAAUAAGGGACAUAAACACUGACCGAAAUGAAAUUGGAUUAUAUGUCAAAUUGGAUUGUCUCUGAUAAAUUCAGAUUUUGUUAUGGCUCAGUCUUUCUUUAAGUUUUGGCUUGUUUAUUGCUGUAUAUGACUUACUGAUUAUUCUAUUUUUUUCUCAGGUAAUAUAUUGUAUGCUGUAUAGGUAUCAUUACACUUUUUGCCAGGAAAACUUGUAUUACUUGACCUUUGUAUUGCCUUGUAAGAAGAAUUGCUUGUUUGAAUAAUAUGUGCUUUUUCAAAGCCUUUAUGCUUUGGUGCCAGUAGAUGGCACUCCAGUUUCUUGUCUUAAACUGAAAAAAACAAACUUAGACUGUUAAGAUAUUACUUUGUUAAAGGAAACUUUAGGUUAAGUUAAACAAUAUAUCAUAUUUCAUAUAUGUUUUUCAGAUCAUCCAGCUAAUUCUUUAAGCUCACUUUAAUCCAAUUUAAACUGUGCAAUGCCUUUGAAUAGAAAUGUUGUAUGUUCAACAUAGAGACUUUUCUACACUGUAGUUAGUAAUGCACUGGAUGCAUUAGUCUUUUGUACACUGUCCAAUUUACAAAUGAUAAAGAUGUAUUUAUUUGUUAUCAGUCUCAUUGAUGAUAUUUUGGCCAGUCUUUUGUGAAUGAUUCACCCCCCCCCCCCCCCCCCUGAUUGUUACAAUUUCACUUGGAAUUUUGUUUUCUUGAUCAGAUCUGAAUUGCUUUGCAUUGAUUAAAUGCUCAGGAGGAGUUGGCUGGGGAAGUAUGGUGUUAAAUCCAUACUGCCCCAGUUUGUCAUUUAAAGAAUUUAUAAGUCAUACAGACUGGUUUUGUUUUGUUAAUGCCAUUCUUCUCUGUACAUUCCUCAAAGAAACAACCAUGUUAUGUCACUUCCUGCUGUAUAUCCGAUCUGUCUAUGGCCAUGUCCUGUGAUUAAAAAAUCACCAUAGGAGUUUUGUUUUCAGCUUUUAAAGGGCAGCAUUUUCUAUUAGGCAGGUACAUCCUCAAGACAUUUGCUGCAAGGGGACAGCUUUAUGAUGUUUAUUAAAAUUCUGUGUUUUAUUUUUAUUGUAUCAUAAUGUACUUAAGGUUUGAGAGCACUUAAUGAAAUAAGAAUAAGAAUAGUUUCAAAGUUGUAGCAAUGUUAUUUGAAUGCUUUACGAAAUGCUUGCUGGUACAAUGCAAAUACAUGUAAAAUGCGCAAUGAUUUAAUAUUUGUAAACCUAUCAAUAAAAAAUGAAACAAAAUGGGAUAA